CCCUCCAGUCUUCUUCUUCUUCUUCUCUGUCUAGUUCUUCGUUGUUCGAUCUCUUCUUUUGUUCUGUUCUCCAUCAUCCAAGAGAGGAGAGAGUGAAGGUAGCAUAGAAAAUGUGUGGGAUCUUCGCGUAUUUGAAUCACAAUGUGCCCAGAGAGAGAAGAUACAUUCUCGAAGUUCUCUUCAAUGGGUUGAGGCGUUUAGAGUACAGAGGCUACGAUUCUUCUGGGAUUUGUAUAGAUUCCUCCGAUCUUGCUUCCGUUUCCGGGGAUCAACGCAGAAUUCCGUCUAACUCCUUUCGGCCUCUUGUGUUCCGCCAGGAAGGAAACAUUGAGAAACUCGUCAAAUCCGUUUACGAAGAGGUUGCUGCUACGGAUUUGAAUUUGGAGGAUUUAUUUCCUGUUCAUGCUGGAAUUGCACACACCCGGUGGGCAACUCACGGUGAGCCAGCACCCAGGAAUAGCCAUCCUCAGUCUUCUGGUCCUGGAAAUGACUUCUUGGUUGUUCAUAAUGGUGUUGUUACUAACUAUGAGGUUUUAAAAGAAACACUAGUUCGGCAUGGCUUUACCUUUGAGUCUGAAACAGAUACAGAAGUCAUUCCCAAGCUUGCAAAAUUUGUUUUUGACAAAGCAAAUGAAGCAGGAGGCGAUCAGAGAGUAACAUUUACUCAAGUUGUCAUUGAAGUCAUGAGGCAUCUCGAAGGAGCAUAUGCACUUAUUUUCAAAAGUCGACAUUAUCCAAAUGAGUUGAUUGCUUGCAAACGUGGCAGUCCAUUGAUCUUAGGUGUCAGAGAACUAAAUGAGCAUGUGAACAGUGAACCACUCUAUGAUCCUAAAUUUCUUCCGAAGACUGAUGAGCCCAAGGAACUCUUCUUUUCUAGCGAUGCCAAUGCUGUUGUUGAGCACACAAAGAAAGUUUUGGUCAUUGAGGAUGACGAAGUUGUGCAUAUCCAGGAUGGAGGUGUGUCAAUCCUCAAGUUUGAUCAUGGAAAAGAUAAAAGAAGUGGCGGCCUUACUAGACCUUCAUCUGUGCAACGUGCAUUAUCUGUUCUUGAGAUGGAGGUUGAACAAAUAACUAAAGGAAAUUAUGAGCAUUACAUGCAGAAAGAAAUUCAUGAACAACCAGAGUCUCUAACAACCACAAUGAGGGGAAGGCUUAUUCGUGGAGGUUCCUGCAAAGCCAAGAGUGUUCUUUUGGGUGGACUCAAGGAUCACCUAAAGACAAUUAGAAGGAGCAGGCGGAUUGUUUUUAUCGGUUGUGGUACAAGCUAUAAUGCUGCCUUAGCAGCAAGACCAAUUUUGGAAGAGCUUUCUGGUCUGCCUGUAACUAUGGAGGUCGCAAGUGAUUUGUUGGACAGGCAGGGCCCCAUAUACAGAGAAGAUACAGUUGUAUUUGUUAGUCAAUCUGGUGAAACUGCAGAUACCUUACAAGCAUUACAGUAUGCUCGAGAAAAUGGGGCAUUAUGUGUUGGUAUAACAAAUACUGUUGGUAGUGCAAUAGCCAGGAAUACACACUGUGGCAUUCAUAUAAAUGCUGGGUGUGAGAUUGGUGUGGCUAGUACCAAGGCAUAUACAAGUCAGAUUGUAGUGAUGGCCAUGUUGGCUCUAGCAAUUGGAGGCGAUACAAUCUCUAAUCAAGCAAGAAGAGAAGCUAUCAUAGAUGGUCUAUUUGACCUACCAGAUAAAGUCAGAGAGGUUCUAAAGCUUGAUCAAGAAAUGAAGGAUCUGGCGAAAUUGUUAACGGCUGAGCAGUCACUUCUUGUGUUUGGAAGAGGUUACAACUAUGCAACAGCUCUAGAAGGUGCGCUGAAAGUGAAAGAGGUUGCACUGAUGCAUAGUGAAGGCAUACUUGCAGGUGAAAUGAAACAUGGUCCGUUAGCCCUAGUGGAUGAAAAUCUUCCCAUUGUUGUUAUUGCUACCAAUGAUGCUUGCUUCAGCAAGCAGCAGUCAGUUAUCCAGCAGCUGCGUGCUCGCAAAGGACGUCUGAUAGUGAUGUGUUCAAAAGGAGAGGCAUCAUUGGUGUGUCCAGGCGGAUCUUGCCGUGUAAUUGAAGUUCCUCAGGUUGAGGAUUGUCUUCAACCUGUAGUUAACGUUGUACCAUUGCAGUUGUUGGCAUACCAUCUUACUGUUCUACGAGGAUACAAUGUUGACCAGCCUCGCAAUCUAGCAAAGAGUGUGACCACACAAUGAAGAGGUGAAUAUAUUAUUAUUUGGUUCUCUUUCUUUACUUUCUAAUUUAGGAGUAGGGGUUUUAAGCUAAAUUAAGCUCACUACACAGUACUACUGUUGCCACCUUUAGAUUGGAAGUGGGGGCUUCCAUCUGUAUCUUUCUUUUAUUAUUUAUUUUGGUGAGGUAUCUUUGUUUUUAUUACUCUACA